GGUUGAAUUGUCCAUCCUUGUUCUAUUCUCUGUCACUAUUUUUCGAACCAUGCUGAACACCCUCUCUGAUGAUGCAUUGCUGUGUAAAAUGCACUAGAUGGCAGUAUUGUCCUGUUUAAGAGUGUCACAACAUUGCUGUUUACGGCAGACAAACUGCUUUACGGUAGAGGAAAACACGUCACUCAGCUCCGCCUGAAUUUCGGGAGAUUUUCGGGAGAAAAUUUGUCCCGGGAGGUUUUCGGGAGAGGCGCUGAAUUUCGGGAGUCUCCCGGAAAAUCCGGGAGGGUUGGCAAGUAUGCCUAAGAUGGUAUGUCCUAAAAGGCCUGUCCAAUGGGGGCAGUACUCGGAUGUGUCCUGAUGUCUGUCCUAAAAUAGUACGUGUUAAGACCUGUCCUAAAAUGCUGUGUUCUAAAAAGCCUGCCGGAAAAGACUUACCCAAAGAUCUGUCCUGAAAGUGUGUUCUAAACCUGUCCUAAAAUGGUGUGUCCUGAGAAGGUUUGUCCUGAAAGUGUGUGUUUUAAACCUGUCCUAAGAUGGUGUGUCCUAAGAAGGUAUGUCCUGAAAGUGUGUGUUCUAAACCUGUCUUAAGAGGGUGUGUCCUGAGAAGGCCUGUCCUAAAAAGGUAUGUCUUAAGCAGACCUGUCCUAAGAAAGAGUCCAAGUUGACCAGACUUCCUUCCAGGGGAGGUCGUCAGGGGUGAAGGUGUGUCCACACAUGGGUUGUGGUGUCAUGCGUGACAAAGGGAGUGUUGUCAUGACGACGUGAAGUAGUGGACACACCUCCUGACCAUCUGACUGUCAGCAUAAUAAUGCAUUAUGACGCAGCUGUUUUCUACUGUGUCUUGGAAGGUUUCUCCAAGCAGUCCGCAGUAGGACGGUUCCCCCCCGACAAAGACACUUCCAAGACCAUGGCGUCUUCCAGGUCCUUCUACGCUGCCUUCGAUCUCUGUGUCUGUCUGGGCGUCCUCUGCGUCGUCUUCGUCUGCUUCUGGAACUCGCAUUGGCGCGGCGGCUUCGCUUGGGACGGCACUGAGUCGCAGUUCAACUGGCAUCCUGUCCUCCUGGUGACCGGGACGCUGGUCCUGUACGGCCUGGGUGCCGUGUUGUACCGCCUCUCAUGCACCUGGUCCCAGGGCAAGCUGCCCUGGAAGAUCCUCCACGCCGGCCUCAUGCUGGCCGCCCUGCUGCUCUCCAUCACCGGCCUGACCGCCGCCUUCCAAGUCCACCGGAACCUGAAAAUCCCGGACAUGUACUCCCUGCACAGCUGGGUGGGACUCUGCACGGCGGUCAUCUUUGCCUGUCAGUGGCUCCUCGGCGUGGUCGGCUUCCUCUGCCCGUGUUCUUCGCCGCGGUUCCGUGGCGGCCUCAAACCGCUCCACGUCUGGAUGGGAAAGGUGGUGCUGAUGCUGGUUUUGGCCUCCUGCAUCAGUGGAAUCAACGAAAACCUCUAUUUUGCUCUCAAUGGAGUCUCUGCAGCCGCGUACAGCUCGCUGCCAUUAGAGGCCUGGUUUGCAAACACCCUGGGGGUGCUAAUCGUUGUCUUCGGGCUGGUCUUGUUCGGACUCCUGUCCAAAGCAGACUGGCAGCGUCCCGACGCCAACAACGAAGAGACUGCCCUUCUACUCCGAGAGGAAAGUUCUGGUCAACUAGUCGACAACAGAGUGAGGAUGAAAGAAGAAUCACAUGAUGCUGACAUUUAAAGUGUGACUAAUGUCUCACUUAUGAUAAUAAACAACCACUAUGU